CCAUGGUUUUACAUAUCCUAAUUGCCUUAAAAUAUUUAACCGAAUUUUCAACAUCACAAUUCACAUAUCCAUGGCUUUACAUAUCCUAAGAGCCUAAAAACAGUUGCCUAUCCAAUUCCAACCUCAAAUCAGAUCUCACAUAACCAUUCUCAAACUUGAGCCUUUCCCAUAUUGAAAGUUGAAACUUUCUUCAAUUCUUCUUCUUAUAUUAAUUGCCCCAUGGCAACAACAGCAGGAACAGAACCAACAUGGCCUGAACUGCUUGGGAGCAACAACUGGGAAGGGCUGUUAGACCCCUUAGAUCUGAGCCUCCGGAAACUGAUCCUCCGGUGCGGCGACUUCUGCCAAGCAACGUAUGAUUCCUUCGUCAAUGAUGCAAACUCCAAGUUUGCAGGCAGCAGCCGCUACGGAAAGAAAUCAUUCUUCCAAAAAGUCAUGCUGGAAAAUGCAUCAGAUUAUCAAGUCUACUGCUUCCUCUACGCCACAGCUCAAAUCGGCGUUCCAGAAGCCAUCCUCCUCCACUCCCGCUCUCGUGAAGCAUGGGAUCGUGAGUCCAAUUGGAUUGGUUACAUUGCUACUACCACCGAUGAAGUUAGCAAAUCUUUAGGCCGCCGUGAAAUCUACGUUGCCUGGCGGGGCACGUCCAGAGAUUAUGAAUGGAUAGACGUUUUCAGUGCUCGGCCUGAAUCAGCUGAUCAGCUUUUUAAGCCAAAAUCUUGGGACAAGAAGGUUGAAGCAAAUGAAGACGACAGCGAUGAAGAUGAGGAGGAGAAAGCGACUAAAGUUAUGUAUGGUUGGCUAACUAUUUAUGUUUCUGAAGAUCCCAAAUCUUCUUUUACAAAAACAAGUGCAAGAAAACAGCUUCUGUCAAAAAUGAAAACAUUGAUUGAGCAGUACAAAGAUGAAAAGCUCAGCAUAACAUUCACUGGGCACAGUCUUGGUGCAGCUUUAUCAAUUUUAUCAGCUUUUGAUCUCGUGGAAAAUGGGGUGACUGAUAUUCCGGUAUCAGCCAUUGUUUUUGGGAGUCCGCAAGUUGGGAAUAAGGCUUUCAAUGACAGGGUUCUUGAAUUCCCAAAUCUGAAAAUUUUGCAUGUUAAAAACAAGAUUGAUUUGAUUCCACUGUACCCCAGUGGCUUGCUUGGCUAUGUUAAUACAGGGACUCUUUUGGAGAUUGAUACAAGGAAAUCACCACACUUGAAGGACUCCAAAAACCCAAGUGAUUGGCACAAUUUGCAGGCAAUAUUGCAUGUUGUAAAUGGUUGGAAUGGGAGUAAAGGAGAGUUUGAGCUGAAGGUGAAGAGAAGUUUAGCUCUGGUGAACAAGUCUAGCGCAUUCUUGAAAGAAGACUAUUUGGUUCCUGAGACAUGGUGGGUUGAGAAGAACAAAGGGAUGGUAAUAGAUGAGAAUGGAGAUUGGAUUUUGGCACCACUUGCAGAUGAGGACCUACCAGUUCCUGAGGAUUAAUGGUGAUUUUGAUGUCUUUUGACAUUGUUUAUUAAUUAUCCUAUGUUAUGGGUUGUAACAGUGCUAGUCAUGAUUUCCAUCUUGUAUCUUCUUUUUAUCAGAAUCUUUAGUUAGAUUGCAUGAAUAAAGUGGGAUUGCUUUCAUCUUCCAA